AUGGUCGACACAGCUGAUUGUAGCAAGGACAGCGACAGGUCUUGCCUAACCAAUAGCGGAUGGUUUUGUAAACAGACAUUCUCGCUGAGCAUAGCAGCCCAUUCACUACCAUCCGGGGUUAAGCAUGUCCGAAGAGGUUCUUUUCAUGCUUUGGCAAGAAAAGCUUCCGAUGCCCGAAGAGCCUCGUUAAUUACACUUUCAGAAGUAAAUCCCAGGGCUUCGUAUUGUCCACCAAGUUUAGCCAUUCCAGUCAUUUCAGCCAGCUGUCAGGUCUCUCAAGAGGAAAUUUUCCAAAUUCGCAGAGGGAAUGCCGAUCAUAAGAAGGUCCAAAAAAUCUGCAGCCACUGCUCCAGGAGGGUUGGCCUCAGCGUAACGAGACAAUUUCUCAUCCAUUUCCAAGAGAAUUGUUUCCCAUGCUUCGGAAAUAGCCAUCAGCGUACGAUCGAGUGGACAACACAGAUGAACGACACUAAUGUUUUCCAAGGAUCGCAGACUGACCCAAAUUGGCCCCCCUGAACCACCGUUGAUUUCCUGUACGGAACCUGGCCCUAUGCUUAAUGUACCACAAUUAAACAUCCCAAAGACAUACAUAGCAACAGUGCCCGCUUCAGUUCCAAGCUGUAAAAAAUUGAGCACAUUGUAAAUUA